CAACUGCAAGGACACGAAACUCCUUCACCACACCACAAAUCUCCGCCAUUCUAACCAACUCUUCUUCUAUAAAUUCAACUUCUCUCCAUUUCCGAUUCCAUCCCUCUCUGUUUUCCGUCACGGCGGCGCAAUAUGGACGAUGGCAGUAAAAACACUCUAAUUUCCGAGUUAAAAUUUUCGUCGGUGGUUCCGGCAAAGGCGACCGGCGAUAACAAGGUCAAGGAACUGACGGCGAUCGAUCUGGCGAUGAAACUUCAUUACAUUAGAGGAGUUUAUUUCUUCAGAGCGAGUGAAGAGGUGAGAAAUUUGACGAUUUAUGACCUAAAAAAACCUCUGUUCCAAUUGUUGGAGCUGUACUACGUCGUUUCGGGGAGGAUUCGAAGGAGGAUUGAAGAUGAAGAUCGACCGUUUAUCAAAUGUAAUGAUAGUGGAGUGAGAAUCGUUGAAGCAGAUUGUGAAAAAACUAUUGAAGAAUGGCUUUCGAUCGGAGAUGAUAAAAUUUCGCAUCGAGAUGAUUGUUUAGUUCACUCUCAAGCCAUUGGUCCCGAUCUUGGAUUCUCCCCUCUUGCUUUCAUCCAGCUGACUCGGUUCAAGUGCGGCGGACUCUCCGUGGGUCUUAGUUGGACUCACGUUCUCGGCGAUAUCUUCUCCGCCUCCACCUUCAUCAACGUAUGGGGUUACAUCAUGAACAACCGCCCCGCCGACCAUCUCCUUCCGGCUCCGGCUGCCCUUACCCGACCAUCCAGAUCAACCAGACUGUCCACACCGCCGGUCAAGAGGCUCGACCCAACCGGAGACCUCUGGAUCGGGUCAAGCGACUGCAAAAUGGCGACGCGGUCGUUUCGAAUCACGGCGGAGCAAUUGGAUCGGAUCUUGGGCGUCUUCGGCCGGAAUCGAGCGGUGAACUUCUCAACAUUCGAAGCUAUUGCUGCGAUCUUCUGGAAAUUUCUGUCGAAAAUACGGCUUGAGGAUUCGAAUUCGAGGACGAUCUCGAUCUAUUCGACAAAAUUCCCUAACAGAGAGGGCGAAAUUCCGAGGAACGGAAUGGAAAUGAGCGGCGUCGAGGCCGAAUUUCCUGUCGCCGGAGCGGCGGAAGGGGAAUUAGCGGAGAUGAUUGUGAAGAAGAAAAUUGAUGAGGGCGGAGAAAUCGGGGGGUUGGUGGAGAAAGAAAGGGAUGAAUCGGAUUUCAUAGCGUAUGGAGCGAGAUUGACGUUCGUUGAUUUGGAAGAAGCGAAUAUCUACGGCUUCGAAUUGGAAGGGCAGAAGCCAGUUCAUGUGAAUUAUGAAAUUGGGGGAGUUGGUGAAAAUGGCGUCGUUUUGGUACUUCCAGGACCGCCGUGUGGUGACGGAAGAGACGGCGGUGGCCUGACGGUGACGGUUAUCUUGCCGGAGAAAGAGCUGCCGGAUCUAAUCGAUGAACUGCAGAAGCAAUGGGGGAUUGUUUGAAAUCAAAGUGGACUUCUGGAAAUUUUGUUAAAAGUAAAGAAAAUCAAGAGAUGAAUUUCGUAUUGAAGAAAUAAAUUAAGUAAAGUUUUUGUGAUUAAAAUUGUAAUUUAAAUCAGCAUUGUUGAUUGAACUCCCAUAAUAUUUGUCCAUUAUGUAUAUUGUAAAAAUAUGUUGAUUCAAACAAGCUUUUAUUAUUACUUUUUGGUUAAAA